AUGAUCGCAUUUGUUGCUGUGAGCACUCCUGUGGAGAAACCUGCAUUUUUCAUUUUUAUCUGUUCUCAUUUCAUCUGUCACUCCUCCACUCUCUCUCUCCCUUCCCCCUCUGCAGGUGAAGUGAAGGCCUGUCCUCGAUGUCGUACCCUUCUGCUGAAAUUGGACGAUGGAUCCUGUAAUCACAUGAGCUGUUUCAUCUGCGGUUGUGAAUUCUGUUGGCUCUGCCUCCGUGAAGUUCGAGACACUCACUUCCUGAGUCCCACGGGCUGCACUUUUUGGGGUCGACAAAGGUGGCCAUUUCGACGACGCAUCUGGGCAAUGCUGAUAGCAGCUUUCGGGACGCCUUUCAUUCUCGCCAUAGUCACAGCACUGGCCAUUCCAGGCAUUGUUAUUGGCUUUCCUGCCUAUGUCGCCUACAAGGUCGCACUUGUAGCCAUCUUUGGUAUUCCUCUGGUACUGAUUUACGUCUACAUCUUUAUGCCCAUCACCCUCUUCUCCGAGCUCAAGGUGCGUCUGAGUAAGAACAACACAACUACCACCCAAGCUAGAGCCGUUGAUCCAGAAGUUGGCUUCAAGAUCAACUGGGAUCGGGUUGGCGAGAGCGCUGCUGCAGCUACUUCAGUCUCCGUUACAGAUUCUCCUGAGCACCUUCCAGGAGGUGCUUCGACUUUUGGCUCUCCAUCCCAACACAAUAGUCCCAGGUGCAAUUCCACUCGAUCUGAAUCCUCUAAACGUCACAAGAAGUCUGAGGUGGAUGAAAAGGAGUCUUUUUCCAAGAGGAAGAGGAGUAACAGAAUACCAAUGACCUCCCAGGCUACAGUGUCCGUGGAAACACUUCAUGAGAAUAGCAACUUUUAA